AUGUUACUCUCGGCAUGGCGGCGCAAAAUUCCUCUCGAGAUUUCCACUUGUCCACUUUGCCGAUUCGAGGGCGAUAAUCAAAACGCCGUGCUCGACCACAUUGCUGGGCAUAUUCACUCGUUUUCGCUGAGAUCACUGCCAUGGGCUCCGAGAGAAGGCUUUGAAGAAGAAAAAGAUGAAGAAGAAUACGGAACAUAUUUUAAACAACAUCCAUAUUUUGACAUCCAUAGUUCACGGUCGGAGCUUUCGUCGAAUUCACCUGGAAUGUCAUCCGUGGUCACGGGAACGGGAAGCUUUGCCGGCGAUGAUUCCGAGAACCCAGCUGAGUCUCCCCGCCAGCAGCAAGCAGAACUAACAGAAGAUAUUCUUGAUCAAGUAUCGUAUGGUGUAUCAGGACAAGUAAAUACAAGCGAUUGGCUGGCGGGGCUCAGUAAUGACCCAGAGAACCCGAAUCCCUCGCUGGGAAACGUACUGGCCGAUUGGAACGUUGAUGAUCUUCCAUCCCUGUAUAAACGGGUGGAUGCCGACUGGUUCGCUGUCUUCAACCCUGAAGUUCAGCGCGUCUUGGACGUUGAGCUGGUCCAUCACCUUGUGCACGAUAGCGUUGUCUGUUGUGUGCGAUUCAGCUGGGAUGGCAAAUACGUUGCGACGGGAUGCCACAAAUCUGCUCAGAUCUUUGACGUGGCUACUGGCCAGAAUGUAGCGACGUUUCGACACGAAUCUGUUGAUAAGGAUGUCGAUAUGUACGUCCGUGGUGUCUGCUUCAGCCCUUACGGAGACUAUCUUGCUACUGGCUCAGAGGAUCAUCAGAUUAGGGUUUGGGAUAUCGCAACCCGUUCUAUCAAGCAUGUUUUCACCGAUCACGAAAACGAUAUCUACUCGCUCGACUUCGCUAGCAAUGGUCGUUACAUUAUUUCUGGCAGUAGUGAUAAGACAGUACGUCUUUGGGACGUCUUGAGGGGCAAGCUCGUCUACACUCUCAGCACUGAAGAUGGUAUCGCUACAGUUGCUAUAUCUCCAGAUGGUAACUAUAUAGCAGCUGGCUCUCUCGACAAGAGCAUUCGUGUCUGGGAUACAGCUACUGGUCACAUCGUUGAACGCCUAGAAAGCCCUAAUGGCCAUAAGGACAGUGUAUAUUCCGUUGCAUUUGCACCCAACGGUCGCGAUCUUAUUAGUGGUAGUCUGGACAAGACUAUCAAGAUGUGGGAGCUCACAGCACCCCGAGGCAUGCUCCCCGGAACCGGUGUCAAGGGUGGCAAGUGUGUUCAAACUUUUGAAGGCCACAAAAACUUUGUAUUAAGUGUUCGUUUUACGCCUGAUGGGCGCUGGAUAAUAAGUGGCUCCAAAGACUGUGGCGUUCAGUUCUGGGACGCGACCACGGGAAACGUCCACAUGAGGCUUGUGGGCCACAAAAACUCUGUUAUCUCCGUCGCGUCGAGCCCAACGAAUAACCUUUUUGCCACUGGUAGUGGUGACAUGCGUGCCAGAAUCUGGAGAUACUCUACCAAAAAUACUUAA